GCUUCCCAAAAUACCCGAUACACCUGACAAUUUUAACAACAUAGUUAAUUAUCUUCAACAUGGAGUUUUUGCAGAAAAGUACAAUAGCCCACUAAAAAAAUCAAAUUUUCAGAGACGAUGCAAAAACUUCAUGUAUAAUGAGCAAACUGGUUACCUCUUUUUUGAGCAACCAUCAAAAGGUGAAAAUUCUCUGCUUAUUAAAAAGCAGGUUGUCCCAACCUACGAUACUGAGCUAAGAGAAGCUCUUUUAGAGAAAUUCCACGCUGCACCAGCACUAGCAGACAUUAUACCAGCACUAGCAGACAUUACACCAGCACUAGCAGACACACCGGCACUAGCAGACAUUACACAGGCACCAGCAGACACACCGGCACCAGCAGAUAUUACACCGGCACCAGCAGACACACCAGCAUCAGCAGACAUUACACCGGCAAACAUACCGGCAGACAUUACACCAGCAGACACUUCGUAUGAGUUUCACGUAAUGCAGGUAAAGCGUGUUCAUAAGGAGGUUUUACGAAAUGAUGAAACUUAUCAAAAUAAGUUGGUAAUUCGUAGAAGCGUUUAUCAAAGAAAAUUGACGUUUGAGCCAGGCGAUAAGGUUGCAAUUGCUUAUAAUCAUGAUAACAAUCAAAAGACACAAAAGUAA